CGGUUCCAGGCUGGGCUUGAGGCAGAACAGAAGCAAGAUCAUGGCAGGGACGCUGUGGCCUGUGCUGUGGACAUUCUGUGCGGUCUGGGUGACUGUCAAUGCCAUCUCUGUGGAAACCCCACAGGAAGUCCUUCGGGCCGCCCGGGGAAAGAGUGUCACCCUUCCGUGCACCUAUCACACUUCUGCCUCCAACCAAGGUGGAUUUAUCCAAUGGGACAAGCUUCUAAGGAGUCACACGGAAAAGGUGUGCAUCUGGGAAUUUUCGACCCGAAACUACGGCUACGGUGACCUUUAUAAGAACCGGGUCAAAAUUUCGGACAACGUUGAGAAGUCAGACGCCUCCAUCACCAUUGACCAGCUGACCAUGGAUGACAAUGGCACCUAUGAGUGCACAGUCACGCUGCCGAGAGACCUGGAGGGCAACUCCAAGUCACGUGUCCGCCUCUUGGUGCUCGUGCCACCCUCCAAACCAGACUGCGGCAUCGAGGGAGAGACGGUGAUUGGGAACAACAUCCAGCUGACCUGCCAAUCAAAGGAGGGCUCCCCAGCCCCUCAGUACAGCUGGAAGAGCUAUGACCUCCUGAACAAGGAGCGGGCAGGCGCUCCAGCCGUGGGGCAGGUCUUGUCUCUGAAGAACAUCUCUACAGACAUGUCAGGUUUCUACAUCUGCACCUCCAGCAACGAAGUGGGGACAGAGUCCUGCAACAUCACGGUGACCGUCAGACCCCCCUCCAUGAACGUGGCCCUGUAUGCGGGCAUCGCGGGUGGCGUGCUGGUGGCCCUCAUCCUCAUUGGCGUCCUUGUCUACUGCUGCUGCUGCCGGGAGAAGAGCGAGGACAAGGACUCCAGGCCGAAUCGGGCUAUCUACCGGGAGCCUUCAGAGCAGGUGAGGGAACAUUCUGGAGGGGAGCCUCUGAGGGAGCUUUCUGGAAGGCGGGACGAGGAGGACAACUACAGGCACGAAGACCUGGAGAGCAAUGGCCGCCAGUCCCCCGAUUACGCUGGCCGACGGUGACCAGGGCCUGCUGCAGGAUAAGGGGACGGGGAGGGGCUUGUUCCGGCCUCCGCACCCCCUCUGCUCCCAGCCCGCUUUCCUGACCCUUCAUCCCAGCACUGACAGUGCUUCCUCGGGAGCGUGGCCAGGCCCGGCUGCGGUGGUCUCCCCGGGGGCUCACCUGCCCCGGCACCCCGCCCCGCUGCCCGCCCCGGGG